GCUGCCUGACUCCAGGAAUUAAGGCUCAGUAUCUGCAGAAGCCUUUUGCCCAUCUUAUUCUGGCUAUGGGGACAACAUGUCUUCACCUAGGCAGGCUAGAAAAGAGUCUGCUUUGUCUUGAGCUGUUAAGUUGCUAUUUUGAGAACUCUCCAAUUUCUUUCUGAAGGCACUUCAUCUAUGAACUUCCCUGUUAGCACUGCUUUCUUUGUGUCCGGAAGAGUUAAUGAUUCAAAAGAGGAUAAUUCAGAUGACCUGAAUUUCCAGAACACUUCGCCUUCAUCAAGUCAGAAAAAUACACCUACAACAGAGGUUUUUGAAAAUAAUUCAGAGAAGGUAAAAUCCUCCAAUCUAACAUUCUUAAGAAAGAAUCAUGACUUACUUUUUCAGGUACCUCGAGAAAGAAACAGGUGGAGCCGUGUGGACGCAGAGUCUGCCGGGCCAUCACAGGCUGUCUCCCUGCCGCCUCCUGACAUUGAAGCAACUGAAAAGGAGCUAGCUCAGUUGUCUCGGAUUCAACCAUUAAUAUUCAAUAAUUCUUCAGUGUCUGUCAUAAGGGAUUCUUUGGAAAUGCUGCAUAAAAAAGACGAAUAUAUCAUCAAUGAGUUUUUGGCGUUAGAAAAAAUGACUCUGUCUGAUGAUUUCAUCUAUGGGACCGCAGAAAGCAACAGAGAAAAAAACAGAUACCGAGAUAUUCUUCCGUAUGAUUCAACACGUGUUCCUCUUGGAAAAAACAAGGACUACAUCAAUGCUAGUUAUAUUAAAAUAGUAAAUGGUGAAGAAGAGUAUUUUUAUAUUGCUACUCAAGGACCACUGCCAGAUACUAUACAAGACUUUUGGCAAAUGGUUAUGGAAAAUAAUUGUAAUGUUAUUGCUAUGAUAACCAGAGAGAUAGAAUUUGGAGUUUACAAGUGUUACACUUACUGGCCCAUUUCUGUGACGGAGCCUUUGGAAUUUAAACACUUCCGUGUCUUUCUGAAGAACUCUCAGAUAACUCAAUAUUUCAUCAUUCGAAUAUUUCAAAUUGUGAAGAAGUCUACAGGAAUGAGUCAGAGUGUAAAACAGUUGCAGUUCACCAAUUGGUCAGACCAUGGCACUCCUGCCUCAGCAGAUUUUUUCAUAAAAUAUGUCCGUUAUGUGAGGAAGAGCCACAUUACAGGACCCCUGCUUGUUCACUGCAGUGCUGGUGUAGGCCGAACCGGGGUGUUCAUAUGUGUGGAUGUUGCAUUUUGUGCCAUCGAGAAGAACUACUCAUUCAACAUUAUGGACAUAGUGACCCAGAUGAGAAAACAGCGUGCUGGCAUGAUUCAAACAAGAGAGCAGUAUCAAUUUUGUUAUGAAAUUCUACUUAGAGUUCUUCAGAAUCUUCUGGCUUUGAAAUAAGAAAGACUUCUGUGCCUCUCACUUGAGACUGCCAAGCAGCUUGGAGUUUGGGCUGUGUUGAAGGGUCUGCUGGCCAUGCGGUUUGCCUUCUGAUUUUCCCUAAAGUCUCCCUGAGAGCAGCAUCAAUGGGUACAGAGUGAACUGUUUUCAUUUGCUCUUUGUAAAAACUAUCAAAAUACCCUCCCAUACUUUGAAGUGAAACAAAAGUUACACAAAACAACCUCAGUUUAGCUGUUUGGUUUAUAGGAUUACAGAGUUCAAUAAAAGUAUUAAAUACGUUUGUUAAGAUUUUAUUUGGAAAGGUGGCCAAAGGCCUCAGAAGAUUUCCAAGACUUUUCAAGCCCUAUUCUGGGAUAACAUUGGGGCAGUAAACUGUAAGUUCAUAUGCUGACCUCACAUAGUCAUUUUGCAGACAUCUUUAAAGACAUCUGUGUUCUUUAAAGAAGCGAGAAUCUAUACUCCCAGCUGGUAGUGGAAUAACUCAAAAGGACUCUAAUUAGGAUGGGUUGACUUUUGAUAUAAAAUGGUUUUCAUGUCCUAUACUUCCAUAGUCCUGAAGUGCCCUAGGGAUUUCUAAAGAAGAGCUACUACCUUCCUGGAGCAGUCAGGCCCUUUUCCUCCUGCCCUGAGAAGCACCGUGUGGGUGAACAGUGUCCCUCCUGACCAUCACAUGAACAUAACUGGUGAACCAUCCCAAACUAAACCUCUCAUCCAUCUGUGAAUUCAAAUGUUUGCCAGGCCCAACUACAUGUCUUUCCUAUCCUACCCCAAUAGUUAACAUACCAUUCCAUCUGCUUUAUCAGAAGCAAAUGAUAGACAAAGCAUGGCACUUGCCUCUUAAAUAUUUAGCUAACCAAUAGACUUUGAUGUAAUGAUAUUGUUAUGUAAGUUUGUGUCAUUCUUGGUACCCUUUAUAACAUUUUUUUUUGAAACUAAGAUCUAAGAAAGAAUUUUUUUUCUCUAGAGGACCAUUAAGUCAUUUCUUUUUCCCCUAUAGAAAGAUUUAGAUGCUGGACAUUGGAACUGGAUUUUGGAAAACCAAAUUCAGAGUUGUGAAAGUGAAAACUUUCAUAUGCUUGUUAAAAAAUUCUGGCCUUUAUUACAUUCAUCAUAUCAGGAUUGUGCCUCAGACAAUUAUAGUGAUUCUUUUGUUAAGGGUUUUUCAGUGAUCAGUCAUUCCUAAUUAUAAGCCACAAAGCAACUGAUAAAUGUAUUUGUACAGUGAAUUCAGUAGCGAUCAGAGCUGUGAAUCAUAUUGAAAAUUUCUAAAAUUAUAAAUCCUAAACUUUUAAAAGGCUUAUUUCUUUGGUUAAAUGAAUAUUUGAAUUGGUUGAAUUAGAAAUGAUAAUUCUCACUUUUAAAAUAAUUAUAUACCAUAUAUUUUGACAUUUAACUCAAAUUGAUGAUUAUAGCUAUUUAUACUGUUUAUAUGCAUAACUGUCUGUGCUGAACAAUAAUAUCAUUUUGAUUAUUGGUCUGUAUCAUUUGUAUCUAUAAUUGUAUUUUCUUCUGUUACCAUAAAUGAAUAAGUAUAAUAUAGGGCAAUGUUCCCAAGGUGGACUGUAUGUUGUUAUUAAAUGAAAAUAUUCACUAUG